AUGACAUCAGUAAUCGACACCCUUGUACAAACACCUAUUUCUAUUCUGUUGGAGGAUGUAACCAGCAUGUUGAAAGAAAAGGUGGACCACAUCUUGAAUGCCAAAGAUGAUCUCGAGGUUCUCAAAGAGAAGUUGAGAUGCUUUCAGAAGGCCCUAAAAGUCGUAGAUCAGAAGCCCUUUUUCAGCAAUGAGCGCAGUAGAGAUCUGGAGGGAGAGCUGAAGGAUGUUUCCUAUGAUGCCCAGGACAUCAACGAAGGAUACCAAACCACAAUCGCACUUUGCAAAAGGGAAAAGCAUUCUAUAACUUCAUGGAACAAGGCAGGGAGGAUGAUAAAAGAAAAUAAUAAGAUGAUGGUAGAUGUGUUUGGAAGAGAUAUUGGUGGUGAGGGUCUUGUUCAUGGUGAACAUGACAACCCCCCAGAGAUAACCCAUCACAUGGGUGUACAACCACCCACAGGCAGGGAGGAUGAUAAAAAGGUGAUAGUAGAAAAGCUUUUGCUGAAUGACUCCAUAGAGAGAAGUAAGACACAAAAGCGUGGUGUUUCUAUUAUUUCUAUUGUAGGAAAGGGUGGAAUCGGCAAAACAACUCUUGCAAAAAUGGUCUUUAAAGAAUUUGAAGAACAUUUUGGGAAACAUAGAUGGUGGGUUUGUGUUUCAGAAAGGCCAAACCGUAAAGAUUUGGUGCGGCAGAUACUAAGGGAAGUAUGCAAGGGAUCUGGAGAAAACCCUGAUUGUUCCUUGAGUGAGUUGUGCACACAAUUACGGAACGAGCCUUCAAAGGGAAAAUUUUUGUUGGUCCUAGAUGAUGUGUUGGAACUGAAAUGGUCGGAGGAAGAGGUAGAGGGAACAUUGAUGAUGGGUGUAAUGGGGAGCAAUAUUUUGAUGACCAGUAGAAACAAAAAUGUAUCCUAUGGGAUGCGUGCUUUUUAUAUGCAUGAAUUACGAGAAUUUAGUUUUGACCAAAGCUGGGAGUUGUUUCUAAAGGAGACAUUAAGAGAAGGCCAAACAGAAGAAGAUUUGGUGAUGCACAAGAUCAGACAUGUUGGAAAGAGAAUAGUAAGGAAGUGUGGUGGGUUGCCGCUUGUGAUUAAGACGGUAGUGUCGAUGAUGCAUACCAAGAAAAUGCAUACUGAAGAUUGGAAAUUCAUCGAGGGUAGUAAGAUAUGGGAAUGGAAGAUGCCUGCUGCUGAAAUUGGGGGCAAAAUUCUUCCAGGUUUGCGGGGAGAAAGGGUGAAAGUGAUCGAUGCAAAGAAUGUACAUCUUAAGGAGAGGCAUGAGCUAAUUGGUGUGGAAUUGGACUUCAAGGUGGGAGACAAUGACACAGUGGAUAGUGCUUCUGAAGAGAGGGGCUUGCUGGAGGCUUUGGAACCUCCACAUUGCAUAGAGAGGUUGGGAAUUUGUGGUUAUAAAGGAGAUGGGCCUGCGUGGUAUUUGGACACCAACUAUGUGGAGCUGUCGAUGCUACGCCUAGAAUGUUGCCCAUCAUGGGCAACAGUGAUAGGAAUUAAAUCAUUGGAAGAAUUGAAGGUCAAGUACUGCCCAACAUUGUAUGAAUUGCCGAGCAUGCCUUUGCUGAAGUCCUUGAAGAUUUGGGAGUGUGAUGGGCUUCACACGAUUGAUGACUUGCCGUUAUUGGAGUCGUUGGAUGUGAACAGAUGUAAAAAGCUGAAGACUCUCGCUAACAUGCCUUCAUUGAAGCCCUUGAAUAUUAGGAAGUGUGAUGGGCUCAAGACUAUUCGUGAUUGGUCUGCCCUUAAGUGGUUGACAGUGGAUGAAUGUGAAAGGCUGAAGACUCUCGCUAACAUGCCUGUGUUCGAGUCAUUGGAGGUGAAGGGAUGUGGUAGGGUAGAGCAAGUAGCUGAUGAUCACAUGCCAGCUUUAAAGGGGUUGUGGUUGUCUGACCUGAACAUUUUGAAGCAGCUCCCUACUCACCUUCCUUCACUUGAACUGCACGUGAAUCAUUUGCCCAACUGGGAAUCAACAUUUACUUCUAUGUCAUGCUUAAGAAGGGCGUUUUUUAACAAUUGUCCAAAGAUGCAGACAGAAGUCUUGAUUUAUGCUCUAUCGGAGCGGGUGGGGCAUGAGCAGUUGUAG